AUGGACGUAAUCGGUAAAAUCACACCAUCAUGGGGAGCGGAAAAACACGCGUGGAUAAUAGUGGCAACUGAUUACUUCACUAAGUGGGUCGAGGCAAAAUCAUACGCCGAAUUAACAGCCAAAGAAGUUUGCAGUUUUGUAGAGGAAAAUAUUGUGACCAGAUUCAGCGUGUCAGAAAUGAUCAUAACUAACAAUGGCACAAUCUUCACGGCCAACAGGUUUAGGGAAUACAUGGCAAGUCUGAAUAUCCGACUCGAGCAGUCUACGCCGUAUUACCCACAAGUGAACAGGCAGGCUGAAGCAAGGAAUAAGUCCGCCACCGGAACAACUCCCUAUGCGUUAACCUACGGACACGACGCUAUAUUACUAGCCGAGCUAAGUAUAAACUCAUUACGAGUGAUUGAGCAGAGUAGUUUGCGUAGUGCUGAAUAUAGUCAAGCUAUGCGACAAGAGUUAGAAGACUUGGAAGAAAUUUGGAUCGACGCGUGUAAUUUAUUAAUAGCACAGAAGAAAAUUGUCGAGCGAGCUCAUAAUCAACGCGACAGACAAAAAACGUUCAGCGAAGGAGAAUUGGUUCGGCAGACUGUGUUGCCUGUAGGGAUUAAAGACCCCAGGUUCGGCAAAUGGUCAUCAAAUUGGGAAGGACCAUUCAUCAUCCAUAAAGUUCUCGGCAAGGGGGCAUAUCAUCUUAGAGACCAGACCGGUUUAAUUCACAAAUUGCUGAUUAAUGGGAAAUUUUUAAAGAAGUACUAUCUAGUCACGUGGGAAAUGCAAGAAUGA